UGGAGGACAUGGAUUAGGGGAAGGAGGGGGGAGGAGAAGUUUCCUGUGUGUGUGGAGAGAGGAGCAGGAGUGAGGACGCUGGUGCUGGCCUUGUUUUUCACACAUCGGCUGCUUGUUUUUUAUUUAGAGUUGGCAACAUUGGACACAACACAUUUCAGUGGAGGAGGCGGGAGAGGAGGUGACGGUGACCGGCAGUGAGGUAACUUAAGGAGCUGGAGUCCCACUAAGAAUAGAAGACAAGGCUGCAGAAAGAGACGGGAAACGAUCUUGUUCCCUGAUCUAGAAAACUAAAGAUAUAAUUUCUUCUUUAGCUUCUGAAUGGUUCAAAGAAACGAUUUUCAUGUUAUGGAUAGAAGUUUUUAUCCAUUACAUGAUGAGUCUCACAGGAGAGAGACCACAUCUGUGUUCUGAGUGUGACAGAAGCUUUACAUGCAAAUCAAAACUUAUCAGACAUCAGAGGAGUCACACGGGAGAGAGACCAUUUAUAUGUUCUGAAUGCAGCAAGUGUUUUUCCCAGAAGUCAUGUCUUCUUAUACAUCAGAGGAGUCACACAGAAGAGAAACCAUUUAUUUGUUCUGAAUGCAGCAAGUGUUUCUCCCAGAAGUCACAUCUUGUUAUACAUCAGAGGAGUCACACAGGAGAGAAACCACAUCUGUGCUCGGAGUGUGACAGACGCUUUACAUGUAAAUCACAUCUUAGCAGACAUCAGAAGAGUCACACAGGAGAGAAACCACAUAUGUGCUCGGAGUGUGACAGAAGCUUUACAUAUAAAUCGCAGCUUAUCAGACAUCAGAGGAGUCACACAGGAGAGAAACCAUUUGAAUGUUCUGAAUGCAGCAAGUGUUUUUCCCAGAAGUCAGAGCUUGUUAUACAUCAGAGAGUUCACACAGGAGAAAAACCAUUUGAAUGUUCUGAAUGCAGCAAGUGUUUUUCCCAGAAGUCAGAGCUUGUUAUACAUCACAGGAGUCACACAGGAGAAAACACAAUUAUAUGUUCUGAAUGCAGCAAAUGUUUUGCCAGGAAGUCAUAUCUUGUUAUACAUCAGAGGAUUCACACAGGAGAGAAACCAUUUAAAUGUUCUGAAUGUAGCAAGUGUUUUUCCCAUAAGUCAUUUCUUAUUCGACAUCAGAGGAGUCACACAGGAGAGAAAUCAUUUAUAUGUUCUGAGUGCAGCAAAUGUUUUUCCCAUAAGUCAUAUCUUGUUAUACAUCAGAGGAGUCACACAGGAGAGAAACCAUUUAUAUGUUCUGAAUGUAGCAAGUGUUUUUCCCGGAAUUCACAUCUUGUUAUACAUCAGAGGAGUCACACAGGAGAGAAACCAUUUACAUGUUCUGAAUGUAAGAAGUGUUUUCCCCAGAAGUCAAAGCUUGUUAUACAUCAGAGGAGUCACACAGGAGAGAAACCAUUUGAAUGUUCUGAAUGUAGGAAGUGUUUUUCCCAGAAGUCACAUCUUGUUAUACAUCAGAGGAGUCACACAGGAGAGAAACCAUUUACAUGUUCUGAAUGCAGCAAAUGUUUUUCCAGGAAAUCACUUCUUAUUAUACAUCAGAGGAGUCACACAGGAGAGAAACCAUUUACAUGUUCUGAAUGUAGCAAGUGUUUUACUAGUAAGAAAACACUCAGUAAUCACAUGCGGAGUCACUCUGAGGGCCUGAAUGCAGCUUGUGUAUCAUAACUAAUGUAACUUAUCACAACUGUAUGAAUUCAAUGGAACCAAUAUUUAUUUUCUGAAUGUGACAAGUGUUUUAUAUAAAUUUGUCUUGAUAAAGACAGGAGAGGUCUGACAAGUGGACCUGGAGGUACUUUUCCCCUUGGGAAGGUCUCUGUGUGUUGGGAACUAGAGCUGCAGUAUAACAAUAGCCAAUGACCGUGGGACUGCCAUUACUGAGCUCUGUAAUAUACAGCUGUUCUGCUCAUGCAGGUGCUGGGACUAGUAGAGAAUUCCAGCAGCUCCUCUCAGUACUGGGAUUCCUUCUCUGACCAGCAGGGCUAUGAGUGCUGGGUAUUUCUACAGGAACAAUGUAUGCUGCUCUGUUUCACCGUAUGGGUUAUUGUACGGGGUGUUAUUUUUAACCACUUUUAGAUGCCAUUUUGUCCAUGUUUAACUCCAUUUUGUAUGUGUAUGACCUCAUUGCUUUAUAUACUGUACAUACUUUUUAUUAGUAUUAGUGCUUUGCAGACAUAUAGGCACCAGUUAGAAAUAAAGUCUCACGUUAAGUUACAAGUUUUCUUUCACCUUUGACAUAGUGUGAAAGACAUGGUGAGUGGGAAGUGUAUACAGCUUUUAGGGUGGUUGAUAAUAAAUAAAUGUUCCUGUUAUCAGUAUCUCAGAUGGAAACUGUCUAGUAAGAUGUUUGGGGUAUUGUGUACAUAAGUAGGGGAAAGGGUACAGUUGUCUAGAAUAACAUAAAUUAUGUUAUCCUGAAUGACUACUGCACCCAGCGUCACAGACCCUGAAUGUAAUAUCUGGUAAGACAAUGUUAGCGUAUCCUUGCAGGGUUAUAAAGCCUAGAGACUUACACAUAGCAAGUAGUUCUGAUGGAAGCUAGGUCUGGCUGCAGCGGACCUAGACUUCUACAAACCCCCUCCAGCUUUUAACUUGCAACAAAGUUAUUAGGCGGGACCCAAGAGAAUGACUGAACUACAUUAAACUACUUAGUUAAUCGAUGACCAUCAUCUGGGACAGAUCUUAUAAUAGCUGGGAUAAGAGCAGAGUGUAUCUGAUUUCAUUAUUUUUGGCUCUUCACAAGAUAUCUCCCAUGAUAAGAGAUGUGAAUAAAGAAAAGAGAGUGGAACAGGCACGGCGAUGGAUUGAGAGUGGUGAAACAUUUCAUGAUGUGAUUUUCACAGAUGAAUCGUCUGUUGCCCUUGAGCGGUUCUCCAGAAUGUCAUUCCGGAAACGUAACCAUAUCAUUAAAACCAUGCCCAAAGCAUCCAUUGAAAGUCCAUGUAUAGGGAGGCAUAUCACGAUUAGAAGCUGGUCCCCUGUUAUUUUUCGAAGGGAUCAUGGAUAAGAAAUGUUUCCAAGAAACAAUAGUAGAGGGAUGUAUGGUGCCAUUUGUGAAUAAAUAUUACCCAACUAACCAUAGGAUAUUCCAAGACAAUGAUCCUAAACACUCCGCCUCAGCCAAAUUUAUGGAAGAGAAAGGUAUGAAUUGGGAACGCACACCACCAGAAUCACCAGACAUGAACCCAAUCGAAUUAGUGUGGGCUCAAUUGAAGAGGUACAUUAGGAGUGUUGCGAAGCCAACAACAAAACAGCAGCUGUUGGAUGGGAUAAAGAAAUUUUGUCUAGAAGUACUCACACCUGAACAUUGUAAUAAUUAUAUAAAUCACCUGUAUAAACUAUUACCUGUUAUAGUCGAAAGAAAUGGUCAAGCCACAAAUAUGUAGUUCUGUACUGUAUUUUCUGUUUAAAAUUUUAAAUUGGUGCAUUAUUAAAAAUGUUUAUAAAAUU